AAGGGGAGGGAUAAACCAGCAGGACCUUCCACUUGACCUCUGAGAAACGAUGGACUUGCAGCUUCCUUCUAAAUUUAGUCACUUAUGUGCGUAUGUACGCUAUAAUAUCCAGCUCUUGAUUAUGGUAGUAGUUUAAGCCUGAUCUUCUCUCGAGCGACCCCUGAUCUCGCUGUAGCUCCGCAGGUCUCCAUUGACACUAUGCAGGGAAGCACGAUCUGAUCAGCAGACCGAGCAUUGCGCGCUGACGCGCACAAUUGUAGGCGACUUCGGGGUCACAAACAGACGCAAUGGCGCACGGGAAUAAUAAUAAUAAUAAAUUCUUAACCAUUCCCUCUGAAGAGGGUCUUUUCAGAACCGUGAGGGUCGAGCGUUCCGGAGAAGAGAACGGUGACGAUGAAGAAGAGGAAGAAGCGGAGGAAGACGUCCGGUUUAUACCGAGAUGCUCCCCGGUGCCCAGAAAGCGAGGACCAUCGAUCGCCGAUGAAACAGCCGAGUACAUGCGCAUUCGCUUCUCGUUACCCAACCGCAGAGUGUCCUUCGCCGAUUCCACGGGAGCCGAGCUAGUUGAUGUCAGGAUGUUUGUAGCGUUUGAUUCAGAAGAAGACGAGGAAUCGAGAUGGGAAGAAGAGGAGGCACGAUACCGAAAGGCGUACCGCGAGCCCACUUACCGCGUGUGUCCAGAGUUUCAACCGUUCACGGGAACGGAGCUCAUGCUCUCCGUCAACACAAACAAGCUGGAAGUGGAGAGCGUAACGUCUGAUCCGAAUGAGCCGCUGUCGUUCGAUGUGGUGGUCCGGGUGCUUAACAUUUCUUUUCACAAAUCGGUCUACGUCCGGUCCACUAUGGACGGUUGGAUCACUCACUUCGAUUAUCCAGCCGAGUACGUGCAGGGCUCCAACGACGGCGAAACGGACAAGUUCACCGUGAAGCUGUCAUUCGCCUCGCCGUAUCUGUUCAACGGGGCGCGGAUUGAUUUUGUUGUGCGCUACGAAACGUCGGAUGGAGAGUUUUGGGCGAACAACUCUGGCAAGAAUUAUGCAGUGACUCUUUCACAAUCAAUUGAAGAGGACACGACCCAAUACGUCAAUGCGGAGGAUCCUGGACUGAGAGGUAUAUUAAAGCCACCAAGGUUCAGAACAAACAAUGAUGAUGAUGAUGAAUUCUAUGAUGAUAAAGAAGAUGAUGAAGAUCUGAGCAGUGAAAAUUAUGAAUCAGCCAAGAAUAAAACCUGUUAUGCACAACCGACUAUAGUCCAGCCGGAGAUCGACAUUGAGACUGCCAAGAACUUGUCCAGUUCUCCAGAGUCCACAGAGGAAUGUCAUCUUUCCACUACAGAUUCUCCCUCCGGAGAACCACUUACUUCAGAUUCAACUUUAUCUAAUAAUUCACCACAAGCAGAGUCUGAAACAGCAGAUGAAACCGUUCAGACGUCAAUUUUACACGAGCCUGAAUCCCACCAAUCCACUUCAGAGUUCUCUGACUCACAGGUUCACGUCUUUAAUGUUGUCCCUUCCACAUCCCUCCAUAGUGUAUUUGAUGAUAAUUAUGAAUUUGAGGAUUCUAAUUUCCCACAAAAAGAUGAUUUCAAGCUUGAGAUAGCAGCCCAAGUGCCUUUCGAGUUUGCCCAACCCUCACCCGGUGGAUUUUCAGAUCAACUGUACUUCCAAGAAGUAGAUGAUUUAAACGAGAAGAAAGAUGUUGAGGAAAUAGAUGGGACAGAGGUGGAUGAGCUUGAAGACCAAUGUCCGGAUUUAAACGAGAAGAAAGAUGUUGAGGAAAUAGAUGGGACAGAGGUGGAUGAGCUUGAAGACCAAUGUCCUGAUUUAAACGAGAAGAAAGAUGUUGAGGAAAUAGAUGGGACAGAGGUGGAUGAGCUUGAAGACCAAUGUCCUGAUUUAAACGAGAAAAAAAAUGUUGAGGAAAUAGAUGGGACAGAGGUGGAUGAGCUUGAAGACCAAUGUCCUGAUUUAAACGAGAAGAAAGAUGUUGAGGAAAUAGAUGGAACAGAGGUGGAUGAGCUUGAAGACCAAUGUCCGGAUUUAAACGAGAAGAAAGAUGUUGAGGAAAUAGAUGGGACAGAGGUGGAUGAGCUUGAAGACCAAUGUCCGGAUUUAAACGAGAAGAAAGAUGUUGAGGAAAUAGAUGGGACAGAGGUGGAUGAGCUUGAAGACCAAUGUCCGGAUUUAAACGAGAAGAAAGAUGUUGAGGAAAUAGAUGGGACAGAGGUGGAUGAGCUUGAAGACCAAUGUCCUGAUAUAAAAGAAGAGACAGAGACUUACUUUCACGUGUUGGACAAAUCUGUACAGCUUGAGAACAAUGAUCAUGCAAGUGAAGAUGUUGAGCACCACAUGGCUGUAGACAGCUUGCCCGAAGGCCUACAGCACCAUCUGGAGAAAGAAACUGAAGAACAGGAAGUAGAUCUUCUCUCUUUGGUCACAGCUGAGACGGUUGAAGAAAUGUUGACACUUGAUAGUAUCAGGAAGGGUGGUGAGGAAAUUGAUGGUUUGGUGGCUUCCUGUCUUGGAGUCACCACAAGACAGGACAUAGAGACCCACAGCUCGCUCAUCUAUCCCCCUGCAGAAACAUCUGAUCAUGAUCUGACAACCAUGCAAGAAGAAGUACCCGUCAUGGAAACAGGUGAGGAUCCAGACUAUAUUAAACCGAGUAUUCUCAUGUCUACCUCAGACCAUCAAACAACCGUACAGGGAAAGUCAGAGCCAUCCCACAUUUCCGAAGCACCAUUUAUAGCCCCCGAGUUUGCUGGUGAUCUACAGCCAUCAACUUUGAGCUCUGCCAUAGAAGAGGAUUUAACUUGCCAUAAGUCUUGCCAGGGUGAUGAAAUUUCUGCCGUUGCAUAUCAGACACACAAAGACUCAGAAAUCAAGCUUCCACUGCCAACAGAAAGCAGUGAAAUAUCUAAGAAUGAGACUCUGCAGAAGUCUAUGAUCGCCUCCAUGACCUUCUUCAGUGCUGCCGUAUGUUUGGCUGUUGGGAUUCAGGAACCCAGCAUUUUCCUGGUUGUGGGUUUAUUCUUAUUGUCCCUCUGUAUUUGAUUUCUGGUCUUUUUCAUGUAAGUUUUCUUUUCUCCAUGCUUGCACUUCAAAAGCCUUAAUGCAUAAUACUCUUCUUUUCUCCAUUGUGCCUUGAUAAAUUCCCCAAAUAAUUUGAAAGCAAACACAAUUGGUGUCGUAUCUGUGCUUAUGUGAAUGUAAAUAGGAGUUUUCGUGUUUAGAAAAUUGAUUUACUAUAUAUCCGCCUAUAUGAAAUUUACAGUUUAUUUAUAAACACAAGCAAGUUGAUUAACUAUACCUAUUCAUUUAUAUGGCUCAGUUCAGCUCAACUAAUUGAAACGUACCAGAAUGGUUGUGAAUUUAAAUAGCAAUACAAGUACAAAUGCAAAAUAUGUAUUUAUAUAAACACUUGGUGACUUGUGAGUUUGAUGAUGGUUCGUGUAUGUAUGAUAUAAAGACUUAAAGGAGACUGGACAACGUGACAGGGAUUUUAGAGCCGAGUGCUGUAAGGAAUAUAGGAAAGUUGGAACACGCAAGACUUUAAAGUUGAGUUCUUAUAGCACAACUUUUCUUUGUGGUAAAUUGUGAAUGUUUGUAUUUCAAAAUGUAGCUUGGUGUGAAAUGUUUUGACCCACUGGGUUUGUACGUUGAUUUACUGAACUGCACUGUGAAAAUUAAUGUGUGGUGUUGUUUUUGUUUGUACUUAGAUUUGCACAAAUAUCCUGCAUAGAAUGCAAAACUCACACAAUUUUUAAAUAUGUUAACCGUAACUGUACCAAAUGUGUCUACAUCUACAUUAAAACCUGCUAUUAGUCAGUGUUUAAUAGUAGCGGCAUCUUCUGUACCUCUAUCUUUGAGUAUGUGGCCUUUUGUGGUGCCCCGGGCCUCUGAUAUCACCCCAAAAGGUCAUGCAUUGCUCUGAAGUCAAAGCAUCAAAUUACUGGUUGACUAAACUCCAUUGUAAGCAGAGAUAUAGAACUCUUGAAUAAGUGUUUAAAUCACUUCUCACUCAAUGAAUAUUAAAGUAUGGAUGAGUAGCAAAAUAAGCAACAUUGUGGACAUAUUUUGUGUUCACUUGCUCAUUUGGUGAAAAUAUGUUUAUUUCAAGAAAACAGAGCUAUAUUUUAUCAUUGUAAAUGCAAAGUAGAUAUUAAAUUAUAUGGCUAAUUAAAA